AACUGGAACGGGGAAACACAUCGAAGAGGAAACAACCACGGUAUCAGUUCUCCGUUACAGACCAACACAGUGAGACAAAUGGCCUCCAGCAACAGUCUCUUAUCUGAGGAGCAGUUUCUUUGUCACAUCUGCCUGGAUGUGUUCACUCGGCCAGUUUCCACUCCAUGUGGACACAACUUCUGCAUGUCCUGUAUCACAUCUUACUGGGACAACACACCAGUCAGCCAGUGUCCUGUCUGUAAGGAAGCAUUUGAAAGGAGACCGGACCUCAAGGUCAACACUUUCAUCUCAGAGCUUGCAUCACAGUUCAAGUCGCUUAAAGUGACAGACGCUCACAUCAGGAGCCAGGACCAACAGCAGGCCGGCUGCGGUGGAGCGGUGCUGUGUGAUAUCUGCACUGACAACCAGCUAGAGGCUGUCAAAUCCUGUCUGGAGUGUUUGACUUCUUACUGCGACAUCCAUCUAGAGCCUCAUCACAGAGCUGCUGGCCUGAAGAGACACACACUGAUUGACCCCUUGGCGAAUCUGGAGGACAGGAUCUGUAAGGAGCACACCAGACUCUUGACUUUAUUCUGUAAUAAUGACCAGGUUUUGCUGUGUGACAUCUGUGCCGGUUUGCACCACGUGAAUCAUGUCGUGGCUCCUCUGCAGCGAGCGUAUGAAGAAACGAAGGCUCUGCUGGAAGACGCUGAAGCCAAAGUGCAGCAGAUGAUCCAGGAAAGAAUGCAGAAGGUGCAAGCCGUAAAGGAGUCAGUAGAACAAAGCAAGACAGAAACCAAAGAUGUGAUAGCAAACUGCAUGCAGGACAUGACAGCACUGGUCUGUGAGAUCCAGAAGAGCCAGAUAGAUCUUGUAAAGGUGAUUGAGGAGAAACAGAAAGUAGCAGAAAAACAGGCAGAUGGGUUUAUCAGCAGUAUGGAGGGAGAGAUCACUGAGCUGCAGAAGACAGCGAUUAAGCUGAGGGAGCUGAAACAGACUGAGGACCAGCUUUGUUUCCUCCAGAGUAUCCCAAACCCACCCACUAUACCAUACACAGUGGCUUUGCCCACAAUUAGUUUUAACAGACAAGCGGAGAUACAUCAUGUACAGAAAUCUUUGAACAAAUCAGUGUCUCAACUGCGAAUGUUGCUGAACAAAAUGAAUACAGAAAUACAAAAACUCUCUGACGGCACAGACGUGUCAAACGAUGCUACGCUGAGCUAUGUGCAGCAGUAUGAGGAAAACAUUGAGCUCGACCCUGAUACAGCUCACCGUCGGCUCAUCGUAUCCAAUGACAGGAAACAGGUGAGAUAUGGGAUGGGCUCAAGGAGAGACCGAAAUCUGAGCCCAAACAUGUUUACCAAACAUCUUGGAGUUCUGGGACAGAGAGGCUUCUCUUCACGCAAGUUUUACUUCGAAGUGUUUGUGGGUGAGAAGACGGAGUGGUGUCUGGGCGUGGCCACAGCAUCAAUCCAGAGGAAGGUGAAGAUUGAUUGGAGUCCUGGCUGUGGACUCUGGUUCAUCUGGUUCCAAGAGGAUAAGUUUGAAGCCUACGGUUCUCCAAAUGUUCCGGUACACUUUGGGAAAGUGGAGCGGAUCGGCGUGUUUGUGGAUUAUGAUGGAGGGAAAAUUUCUUUCUAUGAUGUACAGACCGCAACACUCAUUCACUCGUUUACUGAGUGUGUGUUUACUGAAAAACUGCACCCAUACUUUAAUCCUUGUAAUAAUGAAUAUGGUUCAAACCUGGGGCCGAUGAUAGUUGUUCCUGUCAGUCGUACAGAGUGAAUGGAAGCUUCAGAAACACUGAUUUGUGAUAUGCAGUGAUAUUCACUAAAAUGCAACCGAUGUGUUUGAUUGCAGUGAAGAGUUUUGUCAAAAAACAGAAGAGUUGAUUAUUCUAAAAAGGAAAAAAUAUGAUUUAUCUAUGGAUAAGAUGUUUUAUAACAAAUCUAUUUCUUUUGAAUUGAUUUUGAUCAGGGGAAUUACCCACAAUGCAAAGGUUAAAAUGGCAAUAAUGUAAUUCCCUGUUGUAAACUAGAAUUACUGCCUCGUGGUUGUAUGCCGUCGAGAACCAGUCAAGUUUCAGUUACAGUUUAUAUCCAUGUUAAUUCAGACUUAUAUGUAACCAUGACAGCAAACAAUAAUUUAAAUAAAGAUGAUGAAAGCCAUGUA